UCAUCUUUUACUCUAUUUUAUCUCCCUAGAAAAUUCUCUCUCUCACGGUCUCACCCACUAAAUUUUUUCAGAUUUCCUUCGAUCAGUUUCUGUAAUGGCACCCAAAGCAGAGAAGAAACCAGCAGAGAAGAAGCCCUCCGAAGAGAAGAAAGCAGAGAAAGCACUAGCAGAGAAGAAACCCAGAGCUGAGAAGAAAUUACCAAGCAAAGAUGCUUCCACAACAGAUAAGAAGAAGAAGAAAUCAAAGAAAUCAGUUGAGACUUACAAGAUCUACAUCUUCAAAGUUCUGAAACAAGUUCAUCCUGAUAUUGGUAUCUCAAGUAAAGCUAUGGGUAUCAUGAACAGUUUCAUUAAUGAUAUCUUUGAGAAACUUGCUGCUGAAUCGUCUAGAUUAGCAAGGUACAACAAGAAGCCAACCAUUACUUCUCGAGAGAUUCAGACUGCUGUUCGUCUUGUUCUUCCUGGUGAAUUGGCUAAACAUGCUGUUUCUGAGGAUUUUCCUGGAAGGGGUUAAAAGCUGGAACUGAUAAAUGAAAAUAUGACUCCAAUACAGGUACAUGGCACCAGUAUUUGCUCAAAAUGUGCAAAGUGUGAAAGAUGCUGUAUAUUCUUUCAAAUGGUUUUGGUUGAUCUUGUUACAGGGUACCCAACCGCUGACAUAAACCGGCCAAAGGCCAGCAAACGCCUAACUAUUAUGAUUCAACAAGGAUGAGAGCAGUUGGCGGCACUAGAAAACAGGAAGAGAUAGUAAAAGAUAGGAAACAAACUGAAAGAACAAGGACACAAUUGGAGUACAGUGGCCGCAAUAGAUAGAACAACACCAUCGGUUGGAUCAGAAAUUGAAAUCAACUAGUACGCAUUUCUUUUGUUAACAUAUAUUUAACCAACUGGUUGAUUGAAGACUAUCUCACAACCAGCAUUCCUUCAAUUGGUGUUGUUACCUCGGUUGCUCAUAUCGUAAGCAUCUUAUUGAAUGUCAAUUUGCUGCGAAAAUUAGACGGCCUGCAAUCAUUGCCAAUUCCUCGCAUAGGGUCGUGUUAGCAGCUGUGCAGCAUACCAAUCAGGCCCCAGUAGCAAAAUUUCCAUAAUCAGGCAUGUCUAAGUAUCGCCACUUGUGCUUUUAAGAAUGGACUCAAUUUUGGAAUGUGAUUGAUAUCAAGAAAAGAGUUCACCGCCAAAGAAAUUCCCACAUAGUCCUUUCCUUUUCCGACUCUGCCUUUGAGAACUCAGAGCCUAUAAAAGCAUCACUUCAGAAGUUGGAACCACCAUAACUAAUAUCAUCUCUCGAAUUUUUCCAACCCUUGCUUCAGCAAAACAAGAUU